AUGAUAAUCAUUGAAUAUGGUAAUAAAUUAAUAAAGUAAUUGCUUCUGCUUCUGUUCUUUCCGUUUUAAUGAAGAUUUUAAAAAGUAUUUAUUUCUGUUCCGCUUCUUUCGCUUCAAUAACUCGAUCACCGUUCUCAGACUGCGUCUUCGAUUCCGGCAGAAGAAGAGCGCAUUAAACAACUCGCCGACGCCAUGGACCUGCUUAAGCGCGAGCUCCAGCGGAAGCGCAAGGCUCUGGAAGAUGACUUCGGCGGACGGAAGCUCCUCCGCCGCUCCGAGAUCGAGCAUAAGGAGACCCAAAGACUCCGCCAACUGGAGAAACUCCACCGCCAGCACAAAUCCCUCAAUGCUGCCGCUUCUUCCCCGCCUCCCUCCUCGUCUCCCUCUAAGAUGUCCGACGAUCCUCUUCCCCGCGGUGCCGUCGACGAUUGGUCGGCAGCGCGCGACGAGGUGAUUCGCCGCCUUCGGAUUCUGAAGCAUCCCGCCACCCUCUUCGGGGAGGAUGACGCUGGCCGGCUCCGCCGUCUCCAGACGGUGAUCGAGUCAGGCCCCAUCGAGACCGAGGAGGAGUUGGCCGAUGGGCAGACAAACGACUUCCUCAGGGACAUACAUAAUCUCCGCCGCGAACAGAAGGCCGGAACGGCCGUCGCCAAGAGAGAAGGCGGCGCCGGUACUGCGGAGAAAAGCCCUGAUACCGAUACGGAUUCGAUUAUGGCGAAGGGGAAUUUCGAGGAUCUGUGCGAUGAGGACAAGAUUCAAAUUUUCUUCACGAGGCUGCUGGGCGAUUGGGGCCAGGAGGUGGCCGAAAUGCCCGACGCCGAGAAGCGCACCGCCAAAGGGAAAUCCGCGGUAGCUACGUUCAACCAAUGCGAUCGGUACUUGAAUCCAAUGUUCAAGCUGUGCCGGAAGAAGGCUCUUCCGGGUGACAUCCGUCAGGCCUUGAUCAGGGUGACACAGUGCUGCCGGAGGCGAGACUACUUGGCCGCCACAGACGAGUACAUAAAGCUGGCGAUCGGCAACGCGCCGUGGCCUAUUGGCGUGACCAUGGUAGGCAUCCACGAACGUUCUGCCCAUGAGAAGAUCUGCGCAAACAGCAUCGCGCACGUCAUGCACAACGAGACAACCCGCAAGUACCUGCAAUCAGUGAAGAGGCUGAUGACAUUUUGCCAGCGCCGGUACCCGACAGAUCCGUCCAGGUCCUCCGAGUUCAACAGCCUGGCGAACGGGAGCGACCUCCAGUCCCUCUUGGCGGAGAAUAGAUCAUCAUCAGCUAAGAAAAUGGCUGUCAAAGAGAGGCCGACACUAGUCUCAGCUGCUUGACUGGAACAAAUUUCUCAAACAAAAAGUGGGUUCCUGCACA